AUGAACGAUUUCAUCCCCAGAAACUCCUUGACUGGGCCCUCAUGGAUCACCUGCAGCAGUCUCCAGAGAUUUUUGAAAGCCUGGAGGCAGAAUCCUCAGAUCACAUCCUGUCCUGAUUCCAGAAAGGGACUGGAGGAGCCGGGCGUCCCGUGCGAGGGGCAGGCGGCUGUAUCGGCCCCCGCAGCCGCGAGCGGCGCGGCCCGGGCCCGGCCGGGGGUCGCCAGCGAGCCGCCGCCGGCUUCAUUCAUUCCCGCGGCUCCGCCUCCUUCCCCGGGCUCAGGCGGCGCGUCCGAGAGGAUAGCAUUCCCUGUGGAUAUGCUGGAUAAUUGCAGUCAUGAGGAAAUGGAAAAUUCUGCUGAAGAUUACAUAUCAGAUCUCAGGUGUGGGGACCCUGAAAAUCCUGAAUGUUUUUCUCUUCUCAAUAUUACGAUUCCUAUCAGCCUGCCAAAUGUAGGCUUUGUACCUCUCUAUGGUGGAGAUCAGACCCAGAAAGUUCUUGCUCUUUUUGCACCCGAGGACUCACUCACAGCUGUGGCACUUUACCUUGCUGAUCAGUGGUGGGCUAUUGAUGAUACUGUGAAAACAUCUGUCCCUUCCUGAGAGGGACUUAAGCAGGUGAGAACUCUUGGGGAGAGAGGGGUUCUGUAUGUUCUGAAUCGAAUUAUUUACAGAAAGCUGGAAAUGGAGAGAAAUGAGAUCCCAUUCCUGUGUCAUAGGAGUACUGAUUAUGCUAAGAUUCUGUGGAAGAAAGGAGAGGCCAUUGGGUUUUAUUCAGUUAAGCCUACAGAAAGCAUAUGUGCCUCUUUUCUUACCCAAAGCUACCAACUGCCAGUUCUUGAUACAAUGUUCGUAAGAAAGAAAUAUAGAGGCAAAGACUUUGGGCUUCAUAUGCUGGAGGACUUUGUUGAUUCCUUUACAGAAGAUGCACUUGGCUUGCGGUAUCCACUGACCUCUCUCAUGUACAUAGCUUGCAACCAGUACUUUGAAAAAUAUCCAGGAGAGGGGCUUCCCUGGUGGCGCAGAGACCAUGAACUGCUUUGGGAAGUUGAAGGUGUUGGACACUGGUACCAGAGAAUACCAAUCACCAGAGCAUUACAAAGAGAAACAUUUAAAAUUACUGCAGUUUCUCAAAAUGAAGCUAAAAGACCUGUGUCUGGAGAAUAUGGUCUUGCAUCUGUUCCAGACUAUGAAGCAGGAGCUGAAGACAGUCUGUCUAGUGAGAUGCAGCUAACUAUUGAUUCUCUAAAAGAUGCCUUUGCAAGCACUUCUGAAGGUAAAACACCUGUUUCCACUCAUACUCGAAGUAGUCAUCUAAAGCGGCCAAAGACUGGAAAACGGUUUCAGGAUUCUGAAUUUAGUAGUUCUCAAGGGGAAGAUGAAAAGACUCCCCAGACUUCACCUACAGCUUCAGUGAACAAAUUGGAGUCUACUGCACGAACAUCAGAGAGCUCAGAAGAAUUCUUGGAAGAAGAACCCGAACGUACUGUGAUUGAAUUUGAGGAUGAAAGUAGUGAUAAAAAUGUUCGACCAGCACCAGAAACCCAGCCAGGCCUGGAAAAGCAAGAAGGUGAAAAGGAAUCUGAAUUAGAGCCUAUGAAUGGUGAGAUAGUGGAUGAUACUCUUAAGACUUCACUUAUAACAGAAGAGGAGGACUCCACUAGUGAAGUUUUAGGUGAAGAAUUAAAAUUGCAGUCUUUUAAUUCCAGCGAAGACUCUACGAAUCUUGUUCCACUGGUGGUAGAAUCUUCAAAAUCUCCUGAGGCUGUUGCACAGGAUAAGACUUCACAUGUAACUGACUCAGAAAUGUUGCUAGAUGAAGGCCCAUCUGAUGACAAGGGGCACACUGAAGAGAGGCUGCCUCUAGUUUCAAGAAAGAAAGCACAUUUUGGGAGUUCAGACAAUGUGGCUACUAUCCCAAAUGAAGAACGGUCCGACAGUGGUUUUCCAAACUCCGUGAUAACUGACUUUUCUGAAGAAUUGAUUCCUGAAAAUGUAUCACCCAACACUACUGCCUCACUGGAAGACCAGGGUGAGGAGGGGAUGGCCGAGCCCCAGGAAACAUCUCCAGCUGUUCCUCAGAGCUCUUUAAUAGAGGUUGAACUUGAAGAUGUGCCAUUUGCACAGAAUGAAGGACAGAAGCAGCAGUCAGAGGAGCAGUCUGAAGCAUCUUCUGAGCCUGAUCAGUGGACACAAUCAACAGAGAAGACUGUGGAUAGCAGCUCAGAGGAGAUAGAAGUGGAAGUGCCUGUGGUCGACAGGCGGAAUUUAAGAAGAAAGGCCAAAGGGCACAAAGGACCUGCGAAGAAGAAAGCCAAGCUGACCUGAA